AGUCAGCGUCGGCGGAGUCGCGGCCGUUUCAAUUCGUGCUCGUUCGUUCAGGUCGCGUUCAUCGGACAGCCAAAAUUGUGCGUGCGUGUCCCGAAUGAUGAUCUUCCUCGUGACACGUCGUCCUGAGACGUGCUCUCGCGUGGGGUUCGCGUUGAAAAUUGGCUAAGGUUUCCUUGCGAAACUCCGCGCACUUAACGCGCGGCCGCCUGCGAAAGGCUGUUUAGACAAAUCGUAAUGAUCGAAUGAAUCGGUCCGUGGAAUCCUUUCGAAGGUAAAGCGCAAUUAAAUGCCCGUCCGUGACGUUCGCUCUAGCCGAUUAUACGACGCGGAUACCCACCGUCGCAUACCUGAAUUGAUAAUAGAAGUCGCGGUAACACACGGAGAGAGAAUCGGUGAAGUUAUCACCGCCGUUGGAUGCAUGGGGAAGAUGGAGAAAUACGAGAAUAUCGAGGUGGUGGGCGAGGGGAGUUACGGCAUCGUGAUGAAGUGCAGGCACCGGGAGACCGGGCAAAUGGUGGCGAUCAAGAAGUUCUGGGAGACGGAGGAGGAUCUGCAGGUGCGGAAACUGGCGUUUCGCGAGAUAAGGAUGCUGAAGAAAUUGCAUCACGAGAAUCUGGUGAGCAUGAUCGAGGUUUUCCGCCGAAGGAAACGGCUCUAUCUCGUGUUCGAGUACCUCGACCACACGGUGCUCGACGAAUUGGAGCAGACCGGCGGCGGCCUCGACUGGGGAAAGUCGAGGAAAUAUAUUUUCCAAAUAUUACGAGGCCUGGACUUCUGUCACAAUCACAAAAUCAUGCAUCGCGACAUAAAACCCGAGAACGUGCUGGUGUCGCCGAACGGCGUGAUCAAGCUCUGCGACUUCGGCUUCGCCCGUUACGUCACAGGACCCAACGAGUCCUGCACCGAUUACGUGGCGACCCGGUGGUAUCGAGCACCCGAACUCCUCAUCGGGGAUUCCCGAUACGGUAGAGCGAUCGACGUUUGGGCGGCAGGGUGUCUUUACGCCGAGAUGAUGACCGGCCAGCCGCUCUUCCCCGGCGAGAGCGACGUCGACCAGCUGUACCGCAUCACGAAGAUGUUCGGUCCCCCGUGCGGCAAGAAUCAUUCAUCAUUGAAAGGCAACGGCAGCGGCCGCGUGAUUCGGCAUACAAAUCCCGACGAGCUGUCGGGUGCUCCGCGAUCCGGAAUGGCGUCUCUGCGAAGUCUCUUCCCCACGUGGAGCUCGGUGACGGUCGACUUCCUGGCGCAAUGUCUUCGUACAAAUCCCGACCUCAGGCCCAGGUGCUUCGCGCUGCUGCAGCACCCGUUGUUCUCGCAGGACGGCUUCGCCGACAAGUUCCUCGACGAGCUGCGACGGUUAAUCGCGAAAGAAUCCGCGAUGAAUCUGCUAGCGACCAAGAGGACGGAAACGUCCUCCAGAAUCUAUCGCAGCAGCAUCGGGAGGUGGCAGAUGACGCUGAUCAAAGAGAAGAGGUCGACGAACAAUACCGCGGAGCCCGCGGAGGCUGCGGAGAACGAGGAGUCGCAGGGGGAUAGAGUUGAUCGGCCGUCGCCGCCGCAGAUCAAUCGGCCGCGCGACGCGCGUUACUGCGGACCGGUCUCGGUGAUACCGAACACUACGUACAUUCGACGCUUGGAGCACAAGGGGCUCUUAAUUCCGAACGCGAAGGGCUGCGUCUUGCCCGCUCUGACGUCGAAGACGAACGCCAAGAGGAAAAGGCUCGAUCUUCCCUGUGUGAAAAAUCGCUGAGAGGGAUCGCCGAAGACGCGAUUUUUCUUCUUUUUUUUUCUAAUAAUAUUAUUA